CCAGCGCGGGCUCCUGCAGCUGUCCCUGCGCCACCUCCGAUCCGACUCCGAUCCGACCCCGGGGCGCACCGCCACCCCCGCGCCUCUCCAGGACUCCGCGUCCUUCGCUGCGCCCUUGUCGCCGCUCCCGGCCGCUGCGCCCACGUCCUCAGAGGUUCCCUACUGGGCACAACCGGCUCCACCAUGGGGCUGGCCUGGGGACUCGGUGUCCUGUUCCUGCUGCAUGUGUGUGGCACCAACCACAUUCCAGAGUCUGGGGGAGACAACAGCGUGUUUGACAUCUUUGAACUCACUGGGGCCACCCGCAAGGGCUCUGGUCGCCGACUGGUGAAGGGCCCUGACCCGUCCAGCCCAGCUUUCCGGAUUGAGAAUGCCAACCUGAUUCCUCCCGUGCCUGAUGACAAGUUCCAAGACCUGGUGGAUGCUGUGCGGGCAGAGAAAGGGUUCCUCCUCCUGGCCUCCCUGAGGCAGAUGAAGAAGACCCGGGGCACGCUGCUGGCCAUAGAGCGGAAAGACCACUCUGGCCAGAUCUUCAGCGUGGUCUCCAAUGGCAAGGCGGGCACCCUGGACCUGAGCCUGAGCAUUCCGGGGAAGCACCAAGUGGUGUCCGUGGAAGAAGCUCUCCUGGCCACGGGCCAGUGGAAGACCAUCACCCUGUUUGUGCAGGAAGACAGGGCUCAGCUCUACAUCGACUGUGAGAAGAUGGAGAGUGCAGAGCUGGAUGUCCCCAUCCAGACCAUCUUUACCAGGGAUCUGGCUAACAUCGCCAGGCUCCGCGUUGCAAAGGGAGACGUCAAUGACAAUUUCCAGGGGGUGCUGCAGAACGUGAGAUUUGUCUUUGGAACUACACCAGAAGACAUCCUCAGGAACAAAGGCUGCUCCAGCUCGACUACCAAUGUCCUGCUCACCCUCGACAACAAUGUGGUGAAUGGCUCCAGCCCUGCCAUCCGUACUAACUACAUUGGCCACAAGACAAAGGACCUGCAAGCCAUCUGUGGCAUCUCCUGUGACGAGCUGUCCAGCAUGGUCCUAGAAGUCCGGGGCCUGCGCACCAUCGUGACCACGCUGCAGGACAGCAUCCGAAAAGUGACGGAAGAGAACAAAGAGUUGGCCAAAGAAUGGAGGAAGCCUCCCCUCUGCUACCACAAUGGAGUUCAGUACAAGAAUAACGAUGAGUGGACUGUGGACAGCUGCACUGAGUGUCACUGUCAGAACUCAGUUACCAUCUGCAAAAAAGUAUCCUGUCCCAUUAUGCCCUGCUCCAAUGCCACCGUGCCUGAUGGAGAGUGCUGCCCGCGGUGUUGGCCCAGCGACUCUGCAGACGAUGGCUGGUCUCCAUGGUCUGAGUGGACCUCGUGCUCUGCCACAUGUGGCAAUGGAAUUCAGCAGCGUGGGCGCUCCUGUGACAGCCUCAACAAUCGCUGUGAAGGCUCCUCUGUCCAGACACGGACCUGCCACAUCCAGGAGUGUGACAAGAGAUUUAAACAGGAUGGUGGCUGGAGCCACUGGUCCCCGUGGUCAUCUUGUUCUGUGACAUGUGGUGACGGUGUGAUCACGAGGAUCCGGCUCUGCAACUCUCCCAGCCCCCAGAUGAAUGGGAAGCCAUGUGAAGGAGAAGCUCGGGAGACCAAAGCAUGCAAGAAAGACGCCUGCCCCAUCAAUGGAGGCUGGAGUCCCUGGUCACCAUGGGACAUCUGUUCUGUCACCUGUGGAGGAGGGGUGCAAAAGCGAAGCCGGCUCUGCAACAGCCCCACACCCCAGUUCGGAGGCAAAGACUGCAUUGGUGAUGUGACAGAAAACCAAGUCUGCAACAAGCAGGACUGUCCAAUUGAUGGAUGCCUAUCAAACCCCUGCUUUGCUGGCACCAAGUGUACUAGCUACCCCGAUGGCAGCUGGAAAUGUGGUGCUUGCCCCCCUGGCUACAGUGGAAAUGGCAUCCAAUGCAAAGAUGUGGAUGAGUGCAAAGAAGUGCCUGAUGCCUGCUUCAACCACAACGGAGAGCACAGAUGUAAGAACACAGACCCUGGCUACAACUGCCUGCCCUGCCCACCGCGCUUCACUGGCUCGCAGCCCUUUGGCCGGGGCGUUGAACACGCCAUGGCCAACAAACAGGUGUGCAAACCCCGCAACCCCUGCACAGAUGGGACACAUGACUGCAACAAGAACGCCAAGUGUAACUACCUGGGCCACUACAGUGACCCCAUGUACCGCUGUGAGUGCAAGCCUGGCUAUGCUGGCAACGGCAUCAUCUGUGGGGAGGACACGGACCUUGACGGCUGGCCAAAUGAGGACCUGGUGUGUGUGGCCAAUGCAACUUACCACUGCAAAAAGGACAACUGCCCCAACCUCCCCAACUCUGGACAGGAAGACUAUGACAAGGAUGGGAUUGGUGAUGCCUGUGAUGACGACGAUGACAAUGACAAAAUUCCAGAUGAUAGGGACAACUGUCCAUUCCAUUACAACCCAGCCCAGUAUGACUAUGACAGAGAUGACGUGGGAGACCGCUGUGACAACUGCCCUUACAACCACAACCCAGACCAGGCAGACACAGACAACAAUGGGGAGGGGGACGCCUGUGCGGCAGACAUUGAUGGAGAUGGUAUCCUCAACGAACGAGACAACUGCCAGUACGUCUACAAUGUGGAUCAGAGGGACACUGACAUGGAUGGAGUUGGGGAUCAGUGUGACAACUGCCCCCUGGAGCACAAUCCAGAUCAGCUUGACUCUGACUCGGACCGCAUUGGAGAUACUUGUGACAACAACCAGGACAUUGAUGAAGAUGGCCACCAGAACAAUCUGGACAACUGUCCCUAUGUGCCCAAUGCCAACCAGGCUGACCACGAUAAAGAUGGCAAGGGAGAUGCCUGUGACCACGAUGAUGACAAUGAUGGCAUUCCUGAUGACAGGGACAACUGCAGGCUGGUACCCAAUCCUGACCAGAAAGACUCUGAUGGUGAUGGUCGAGGUGAUGCUUGCAAAGAUGACUUUGACCACGACAAUGUGCCAGACAUUGAUGACAUCUGUCCUGAGAAUGUUGAUAUCAGUGAGACUGAUUUCCGCCGAUUCCAGAUGAUUCCUCUAGAUCCCAAAGGCACAUCUCAAAAUGACCCUAACUGGGUUGUGCGCCAUCAGGGCAAAGAGUUGGUCCAGACUGUCAACUGUGACCCUGGACUCGCUGUAGGUUACGAUGAGUUUAAUGCUGUGGACUUCAGUGGCACCUUCUUCAUCAACACUGAGAGAGAUGAUGAUUAUGCUGGUUUUGUGUUUGGCUACCAGUCCAGCAGCCGCUUCUAUGUUGUUAUGUGGAAGCAAGUAACCCAGUCCUACUGGGACACCAACCCCACCAGAGCUCAGGGAUACUCAGGCCUGUCUGUGAAAGUUGUGAACUCCACCACAGGGCCUGGCGAGCACCUGCGGAAUGCCCUCUGGCACACAGGAAACACCCCUGGUCAGGUGCGCACCCUGUGGCAUGACCCUCGUCACAUAGGCUGGAAAGAUUUCACCGCCUACAGAUGGCGUCUCAGCCACAGGCCAAAGACAGGUUUCAUUAGAGUGGUGAUGUAUGAAGGGAAGAAAAUCAUGGCUGACUCCGGGCCCAUCUAUGACAAAACCUAUGCUGGUGGAAGACUGGGACUGUUUGUCUUCUCUCAAGAAAUGGUGUUCUUCUCUGACAUGAAAUACGAAUGCAGAGAUUCCUAAUCAUCCUGCUGAUCAGCGUCCUGAUCACAACCAACGCUGGUAUUGCACCUUCUGGAAUCAAGGGCUUGAGAAACCCCCAGGAUCUCUCCUCCUCACCUUCCUUUCUCCUCUGCUUGCAUCAGUGUGGCCUCCUAGAGCGAGUGACCUGCCUCAAGACAAUGCAGUUUUCAAACAGACUCAGUGUUCAGCCUCUACUGAAUGAGAAGGCAUCUUCCAAGAACAUAAACAAGUACUGUGGUUUGCUUUUGCAAAGGCAAAAGCAUCUGUUUGCUUUCCAUUGGAAAGGUGCCCGCUCCACUCUGCCUUUGUCAUAGAGCAGGGUGCUCUGGUGAGGCAUCUCUGAGCAGUGCGCUCAGAAGCAUGUCCAGGCACGGCAGAGAAGGGAGGACACACUAGAAUUAGCAAACAUGAACACACCACCUCUGACUAAGCACUAAGGGGAGGGCACAUACCCAAGAGGUGGUUGUAUGAAGAAAACAUGGAGGAACUGUUACUUGUUUGGCACUAAAUCAUUUUCAGGGGACUGAAGGACCAUUGCUGGAUUUCAUGAUGCUGACAGUGUCAGCUGAUUAACUGUACACCUAAAGAGAAACAGGCAAGGGAGGGGAGACUGGCUUCUGGACUUCCUCCCCACCCCAUGCUUCUCACCUGUCACCUGUAAGUGGCCAGAAUAGGAGUCAGGAGCCUGAGGCAGUGCUGGCUGCUGUUCACUGUCUGGUCACAUUGGAAUUGUCAGUUUUAUUCUAGGUAUACCUUGAGCAGGUGUAGCAGGAAAGUAAGUAACUCUCCCAUCUCAGUGAGCUCUAGCUGCCUCCCUGCCGAGGGGCAGCUGUGCUUGUAUUUUUAUGGUUAGAAAGGCACAAAAUUACUAGCGACCUAACUAAAACAUUCCUUUUCUUUUUUUCUCAAUAACCAUGGAAUUUUCCAAUUCUCCUUUGGACUAUAGUUUUUUGGAUUUUUUUUUUUCUUUUACAAAGGCUUUAACAAUGUAAAAUAUUUAUUUUUUACCUAUUGUGGAAGAUGUAUCUGAAGGAUUAUUCAUGGACCAGGAAGGACUAUCAAAUCACCUUUGUUUGGAGUCUUCAUGACUGUAAGAUUGUAAAUACAGAUUAUUUAUUAGUUCUGUUCUACCUGGAAUUAGAUUUCACAAGGAAAAUGGAAUGAGAGCAGGUAGCUGAGACUCCUCAGCUAAUCCCUUCAAAACUCGCAUCUGGAAAAUCAGAACAAGAAGCUGCUUUUCACUUUGUGCUUAGGGUGAAUGAUUUAAAUUCUGUUUGGCUCUUUUCCACCUUUGUUUGUUUUGUCUGUUCAAGUGGAAUUAGUUGGCUGUCUAUUUGCAAGUGUUUCAGAUUGCAAAGAAAGCCAGGAGAUCUUUAAUUCUGUUUUACCCAUCCCUUGUCCUUCUUCCAGGGGGAAGAAUAGCGUAUAUACCUGUUUGGGGUUUUUUGUUUUUGUUUUUCAGUUUUCCAAAAGAGAAAAGAUGACAAAGGUGAAACUUAUAUACAAAUAUUACCUCAUUUGUUGUGUGACUGAGUAAAGAAUAUUUGGAUCAAGUAGAGUUUUAAGUGUCUCACAAACCUAACGCUACUGUAGUACCUAAAAAUUCAGUGUUGUACAUAGUAUAAAAGCGCUUUGCAGAAAGGUGUUCCCAAUAAGGAGAUAGCAUUGAAAUGUUAAGUACAGUUUCUGAAAGUUAUGGGUUUUUUUCUAUUAUCUUGUAUACCAUUGCUUGACUUUUAUAAAUUAUUUUCUCAUUACCUUUGGAAUAGAUCUCAGAUCGUGUAGAUACGCUAUUUAAAUAAUUUAUCAGGAAAUACUGCCUAUAGAGUUAGUAUUUCUAUUUUUAUAUGUUUGCACACUGAAUUGAAGAAUUGUUGGUUUUUCUCCUUUUUUGUUUUGGAUUUGUUUUUGGGUUUU